AUGGCCAAUCUCAAGAGCUUCGCUCAAGCAGUGACACCUAUGGACGACCCAACGUCCACAAAAAAGAGAAACCGCAAUACCUUUGAACAAGACGAUGACGGCGAUUCCAACAACGAUCCCAACGCCAACGGUCCACCGACGACGAAACCUAAACACCAAGGCUGCUCCUUUUGCACACACGAUCCCCAAGGCAGGCAAAUGGCCCAGGUAAGGGCGUGUAACUACCAAAGACUUGCCAACGGAGACAUCAUCGAGUGUGAAAACUGCGCCGACUACCGCUCAGCCCAUCCAGAAAAGGAUCACAAGUGUGAUCCUCUUGAGCCUCUGCCCAAAGACAACGGAAAGGUCUGGCGAAGGUACGGCGUACACGAUCCCCCGACGUAUCCGACAAAGGCCUGCGACCAGUGCAUCAAAAGCGGCAAACCAAACCAAUGCAACGUCGAUUCCAUCCUCAACUACGCCUGUACAGCCACAAAGGCCUGCAAGGAUGGACACUGUACAAUCAACGGCCGCAAGCUGGAGAAACCGCCCAAGUCUCAUGUCCUCGGCAAACCCCCCUGGACACGCACAGAAUGCCAAUGUUGCGAGCAAAUGACCAAGAGAGGCAUCGCCACCAUCGGGUGCAGCUGGCUCGAGGAUCGGAGGCAUCGAGAGCAACACUGCUGGAACUGUCGAGUCCGCAACCUGGCGUGUCUCAACGGCGGAAGCCUCAUCGCCGAGCCUCGUGUCUUGACUCUCCCCAAAACCUGGAAUGUCUCUCCCGCGCACGAAUUCGGAUUUGUCGAUUGUAGGCGCAAGGAUACGGACCGUCGAAUGUGCAGGCGAUGUCUCAAGGACAAGCGUUGUCACUGCCAUGCGGACGCCGGCUCCUAUCGCCAUGCGUGCAAUCGUUGUGCUCAGCUCGGCCUUGACUGUAUCGACAGUGACAACGACGCGUGUUAUCCCAUCUUUGACCUGGCCAGAGUCGGCAUCGGCUUACAUUUGCCCUUUGUCCAGUGCUCGUGCUGCAUAAAGAAGGGGAGAAACUGCGACUUGCAACGCCCGUGUGAUUCCUGCGUCGAGCACGGCGACGAGUGCGAUGCGUUCAAGGGCGACACAGCCAAAUAUUGUAUAAACGGCCGACUACACCCGCGUCCUGGGCCUCUCUAUUAUCUCGCGCUGGGAUACGGUGCCCGAGGCGUCAACGAUGUCAAGGACGGAUCGGCCGUGGAGCACUGGGUAGGGCCGUUGACGAGCAUCUACGGCAUGAUCCCCGAGAGGCAGAACAGGCAGCUCGUCGCAUCGUUCGCCGCCGAUUUGAGAGAGAAGCUGUUUGCCUAUGGAAAGCCUCCCCACGGCGUUCUCGCUCAGGACGGCGUCGUGUUUGGACCGACGAGCAGGAUCACCAAGGAGGAUAUCGCAGCAUGGAUCAACUCCCAGUUCCGCCAGCUUCACCCCAUCAGGGACUAUCCGGGAUACCCAGACUAUAUCAAAGCGGCAAGCAACUUUGUGCAGAAUCUUCGCAGCGGGAUGCCUCGUCAUCUCCUCGUCGAGCAGUUCCCGAGCAACGAACCGAAGAGCUUCACGCGAGGUCCUGAUCACGGAGAAUGUUGCCUCGUCGACGUUGCUGGCAACGUCGGUGCUCAUGGCCUUGCUGUUGCUGCCCUCAAUCUCAUCAGCCCUGGUUCCGGGCCAGCUCAGGCUCCGAAUCCUUUGAAUGAUGAUGCCAUGACUUGUAUCCCAAUGCCAAUGGAUAUUGACGAUGACAACACCAACGAUGCAAUGGGUUACAUUUAUGCAAAUGGAAAUCAAAAUCAAAGCCAAGACCAAAACAUCGUGAACCAGGGAGCAAGAGCACUCUCAGUUGAUAAUUCCCAAUGGUUCAACCCUCACUUUGACUUUACCACUGCCGCUCCUCCUGACCAGGCAACGCCAGUUGUCAAUUUCAACUCAGAUCUCCCGGUCAACAUGGAUCUUGAUUUCGGCCAGAAUAUUUAUCCCAGCCCCUGCGCGCCAGCUGCCAGCCUCAACCCAUAUCAGAUGGCAGGUGCUUCUAGCGAUUUCAACGCAGACUUUGACAACUAUCUCAACUUGAACUCGCAUCACUAUCCCGUUGAGGACCCCGACCUCGGCUUUCUAGCAAGUUUGGAACUCGAUCCUCCCGGGUUUCUCGUCGACGAGCAGGAUAGAGAUGCCAACAUCGAUCCGAGACUGCGUACGGAAUACGUCGACUUCAACCCGCUUCCUGUUCGGGCUACUAAUGUUGAUACAGAUCUCAACAAAGAUUCCAUGAGUAGAGACAUCGCGUUGUUUAUGAGUAUUCUAGACGAAGAAGCCAGCUCGACGCCUCUGCUGUUCCAAGGCAUUCCUCAGCCUGAAGAAGCCGCACCAGCAGAUGACAAUCUACCUGGAUCAAAUGAAGCAGAACCCUGA